AUGAAACAAAUGGAAGGUAAAUAUGUGCCGUUAGUGCUAACUGAGCUGUCAAUUCUUAAGGAAGAUAUGCCGCCAUUCAUUUUGGAGGAUUACAAAAAAGAGACAGGAUUUGUGGGAGUAAGCAACUUUCGAAAAAUAGGAAAUAUUUUUGGACUGUCCCAGCCAAUAACUGAGGGAAUACACAACCUGGCCACGUAUUACAAGAAAAAGAUCAUUUGGAUAAAUCUGCGAGAACAGCCUGUUAUAUAUAUAAAUGGGCUGCCCUUUCUUCUGAAGGAUAAAAAAGCACCAUUUUCAAACAUCAAGUCAUUUGUUGGCAUAUCGUAUAAGAGAAUGGAGGAAAUGGAGAAGCGCCUGAAGAAGGACAUUCAGGAGCUUGCCAAUCGGUCAGGAGGCUUCAUAAAGGUGUACACAGAGAAAACGCCUAAAACGCUGUGGGCUAGCAACAUAUAUGUGCGGCAGGUUCAAACGGUUCGGGAGGUCUUUAACGAAAUCAAUGGAAUACGGUACUACCGAGUGCCUAUAAACAGGAUAAACUGCAAAGAGUCGUUUAUAUCUGUUCUUGACAUAAUUCUCAGCAAAGAGCAGAAGGAGCUUGGUGAGGCGUACCAUGAAUACUCAAUUGGGUUCAACUCUAGCACAGGGCUGAACAAAACAUCGUAUGGAAUGAGCAUUUGCCUUCUGCGGGAAGCUAUAAGCAAUCAGCACCUGCUAGAUGAUACAGCGCAUGUGCCUUCGUUCCCUCGGGUUAUUCACUCCCUUGAGAAAGUCUUUCCAAAGAAGGAGUUUGCAGCGUUUCUGAUGAAGUCAGGCAAUGUGAUCCCCGUGCUUGAGAAAGCCUUGAAGGGCGAGUACGUAAUAAUUGAGCGGCUUGCGAAUGCUAUGGACUUGCCAGAAGUGCGGGAGUUGGUGAACGCGGUCAUAAACUCAAUUGAGUAUAAUCUGCUGGCUGUUCUUCUGGAAAACAUUCUUGCCUUCCAGUGCCAUGGCUGCAAGAAGGCCUUAAAAAAAUCAAUGUUCCUGCUAGAGAAGUACGCUUCGCUGAUUCUGUAUGCGAUUUACAAACAGCAGAAGACAGCCAGCUCUUUCGUAGACUGGAUAGAAAACUCUUCGAUAGCGCAGGGAAUAAUCCAGGAAGUGACUUCUGCAGUUCCAAGCAAGAACUUGUUUUCUCCUGCAGUUAUUAGCCAGGCCAGCACAGUUGAUAAGGAAUGGACCGCUAUAAUAGGAAUAGGCACUGUUCUGCAAGCAGAUAGGGACAUGAAUGCAACCUUUGAAAAAGAGAGAGUUGCUGCUGAAAAAAUGUCUAUUCCGGUGAUGCAAAUGCAUCAGCCAAACAAGAAAACCGAUAUGUCGUUUAUUUGCGAGCAGGUGCUGUGGAUAAAUCUGCGGGCAGAGCCUAUAGUCUAUAUAGAAGGCGUGCCGCACUCUGAAAGAGACCGCAUAGAUCCAACCAGGAAUAUACGAACAAUUCCUGGAAUAACAGAAGAGCUAGUGAACAACCAAGAGAAAAUACUAAUCCGCAGAAUACAGGACGAAGGAAGCCAGCAGCAGGGAGAGGUUCUUUUAUUUACAACGGAGUCCAAUAAAAUCAAUACAAAGCAUGCGAAUGUGAAAGAAAAGAACGUUCAGACAUGCGAAGAGUUUAUUUCAAAGAUCAACCCGAAGCAGAUUAAGUACAUAAGAGUGCCCAUGGUUUCAAAGGCGCCUCUCAACCCAAACAUACUUGACUUGUUAUAUACAACGCUAGUCACGCAUAGGUCUAUGCCUGUCAUACUGCAGGCAAGUGGAUAUCUAGGGCGUAACAAGAUUGUGAAGGUCAUUUCCCUUCUAAUUGAAAAAGCCGAAGAAAGAAAAAGCGCCACCGAUGACCUUCCCCGAAUGCCGCGCCCCAUUCUUAUAAGAUCAAUAGAGACGCUAGUUAGAAUAUUGAAGAAUGGAAUUGAGUCAGAAAUAAUAGUAAGGUCUGUGUGGAGCGACAUGGAAAACAAAGACAUUUACAGCACGCAUCUCACACCGGACUUUUCUCAGAAAAAUCUGAUUGAUUAUAUGCUGUUGAUUGUGCUUACCUCAUAUAUGCUAGAAAAUAACACCUGCCCAUUCCGGGUGUGGAUAAACAAAAGAGAAGACAUUCUGCAUAUUUAUGAAAGCUGUGUGAAUGAUAGAAAGCUGCUAGAGCAAGGUGGCAUGCACAACGAACUAGAAAAUGCACAGAACUCGCCAGACGAGGAGGAUAAGAAAAAAAGAGUCGAGCUGAUUAACAGGCCCUGGGGACAGGUGCUAACCCCGCAUACGAUUCUGAAAAAUGACUUUUUCCCAGCGCUGCGUAUUCUCAAGUCGAAUACAAUUGAUAUAAAGGGUUGCAGCAAUUUUAGAGCAGUUGAGUUCAAUAGGGAUACAAUUGUAGGGCUUGCACAGCCCACCUCCUGGGGUGUUCAGUCUCUAGUUGAGUAUUUAAAUGGAAGCAGGCCCUGCAGUGAGCAGAGCGGAAAACAUUGCAUAGAAGAAGAAUUCAAGAAAAAUGCAUCUGGGCAAGUUAUUCACUGGUUCUGCUUGCGGCAGGAGCCAAUUGUCUAUAUUGAUGGCUUUCCAUUUGUUCUACGCAUUACAGAUAUGAUCUACGAAAAUGUUAUUACUGAAGGGAUCAAUAGAAAGUGGGUUGAAGACAUAGAAGAAAGAAUGAAGAAUGACUGUCUGGAAGAGUCAGAAAAAGAAGGCCUGAUUCUUCACAACGAGGAGAUACAAGACGGAGAAGCCAUACUAUCAUCUGAAACAGUUGUAAGUAGAAACAUUCUCACCCCCAAGGAGAUCUUUAUAAACAAAAACCUUAAGUAUUAUAGGAUGCCAAUCUCUGACGAACAGGCACCUCUUCCUGAAAUAUUUGACGAGCUUUAUAGGAUAAUCAUGGCAGCCCCUAAGCCCAGAAUGCUUGUUUUCUCGUGCCAGAUGGGAAGAGGGCGAACAACCACUGGAAUGGUCAUAUCAAGACUAAUUGGAUUCACCGAGUAUAUAAACACACUCACCAGUGCGGAGCGAAAAAGUAUAUUGAAAGAGAAGAGGUCGCAAGUUGAGUACGCCGAUAGCUACAUAAUGAUAUCCAAACUGAUACAAGUUUUACCAAUGGGAAGGGAAAGCAAAAACUUAGUAGACUCGAUUAUCAAAGAAUGCGGCCACAUACAGAAUAUAUACGAAGCAAUUGCCUUCCGUAAAGAUAAUACUGAAUAUUUGAUGCGCUACUUCUACCUUAUAUGCUUUGGAUCUUUUCUAUUGGAGGGAAACGAAAAGACUUUUUCUGGCUAUCUGUGCGAUAGAAUCGAGAUCAAUGUUAUUGCGAAUGAAAGAGAGUACUAG